UUACUCAAUCAGGCCUCCGCGCUACGCAGCCAAUUACACAACCUACUACGCGAACGCCAAUUGGAAGAUGCUGCCGCCGCAGCCACAGAGCAAGCCUCGAAUGUAGCUGCACCCGAUUAUGACUACUUCGACGAAGAUAAACGCUCUCUAGCCGCACUGGCCGCACAAGGCUUGCUACAUCCCAAACGUAGCCUAGCAACGCUCGCCAAGAACGGACAGUUGCCCUCAUUACCCGACCCGGACGAUGUAGAACCAACUGUGCAGAACGAAGAUAAGCGUUAUGUGGGCGCGCUAGCACGCAGCGGUGGUUUUGCCACCUACGGCAAACGCAACAUCGGCACACUGGCGCGUGACUAUCAGCUACCACAGAAUGGCAAACGUAAUCUGGCUACACUGGCACGACUGGGAUUGCUCAGCAAAAGCGAAGGCAACAAGCGCAAUUUGGCCGCUGUGGCACGUUACAAUUCGCAUGGACGUCAAGCAACCAUUGCACCGGGUGAAAAGCGAAAUAUUGGCGCAUUGAAGAGUUCACCGGUGCAUGGUGUACAGCAGAAGCGUGAUGAGGAUGAGGUCUACUUACCGGCAACUUACUUUGGCAGUGAUAUGGAUUAUGCUGAUUUUAUGCCCAACUAUUGGAUGUACCCAAGCUAUGCCGAUUUGGAUUGGGGUGACUUUGGACGCGCACAAAAACGCUUUUUAGAUACCUCCAGGAAUCCUGAACUCUUCGGCAUCGAAAAUGCUUUACCACCCGCCGAACCGGACUUUAUGCCGCUGAUUGGCGGCAUCGAUGAUCCCGGCGAAGAAGCUGCCGCGCUUGCGGACCUCUCGAAAGAUGACGCCGCACCAGCUGGAGGACCCUACGGCCCGCCGCCGCAAAAACGUCACAUUGGCGCAGUCUAUCGUUCGGGCUUCUUGCCCUCUUAUCGUGCACUACGCAGCACCACUGGCACUUACGGCAGCGGCAUUGGCGGUGGCGGUGGCGGUGGAGGCGGGCGUUUUAGUCGCUCGGGACGUGCCAGGCAAUUUGUAUGAGUAAAUGGCGGUGAAUUUGUGUGUUAAUUGCUGAUGAACCUACAUACAUGCAUAUCUUUAACUUACCUAAUUGUAACUCGUAAAAAGUCAUUUAAACUGUGUCCUCGUAAAACGUGUAGCUGCACUCAGAUGCUGGUCCGAAUGAUGGUCGCAUUGUGUUCCGCUACUGUGUCCUGUCUAGAAGCA